AUGGGCAGGUCUGCCCACGAGAUUCUGAAGGUGUCGGAGGUGAAGGGCAUCAGGCUGAACGAGAGCGAGGAGAAGCCUGUCGUCGAGUACCUGGUGGCGUGGAGCGACGACUCCCACGACACAUGGGAACCUGCCAAGAAUCUGGCCGAUGACCUCCUCCGCGACUUUGAGGACAGGUGGUGGGCCGCUGCUCGCCAGGGUGAUGAGGAGACCAUGCUGGCCAUGAUGAAGGCCGACGGCAAGGUCCUGGCACGCACGCUGGAUGAAGAGCGGCAUUCGGCCCUCCACUUUGCGGCCGCCCGCGGGAAACCCGAGCUGGUGAAGGCCCUGGUCCAAGCGGGAGCGGAGGUCAACCUGCCAGACAGAGCCGGCUACACUCCGCUGCACAUGGCCUCAGGCUAUCUCCACAGUGCCACGAUCGGGGCCCUGCUCACGGCAGGUGCCGAUCCGGAGCAGGAGGAUGCCCAGGGCAGGAGUCCCCUGGGCCUUGUGGAGGGGCUCCGAGAGGCCCUCCCCACCAACAACCCGGCCCUCAUCGGGCGGCGCAUGGCCUUGGAGGACGUGGUGAAGGUUUUGACAGAUAAUACUUUCGAGGAUGUCGAACCGGUGGCAGUCCUGGAGAGCCGGAAUGAGGGGGAGGACAGGGAGUUUCUGGUCAAGUUCCACGACUCCGAAGAGCCGGAGUGGGUAGCUGCGAGGUAUGUGGCCGAGGACGUGAUGCAGGACUUUGAGGCGGGGCUGGAGUAUGCCCAGGGCCUGGAAAUCCUGGACAUGCGCCAGCGUGGCGACAGCAGGGCCUACCUGGUCCGGUGGGAGGAUGGGAGGGAACCCAGCUGGGAGCCGGAGGAGCAUGUGACCCCGGACCUGAUCGAGCUAUAUGCCGCCAGGGACGCUCGAGCACGGGAUGUCAAGGCCGCGGCUGACAAGGCUGGCAAGGGCAGGACACCUGCGCCGAGGCAAACGCUGGAGACGGCCGGUCUCAGCAUGUGA